GUCUGACGUGUACCAAAACAACAUUUUUUGACACAUAACCUGAGGAUUUCGCUUUUAGUAGUGAAUUUGAAAAAAUAUUGAAAUUUUAGUAUAAAUAAUAAAAAAUGAACAGUUUUCUAAUAUUGUUAGCGUUUUCCGGCUUAUUGGGGGUUAGGUCGCAACGCCCACCCCCAGGCGUAAACCCUCAACAUUACCAGCAAGGGCAAUAUCAACAACCCCAAUAUCAGCAACAACAUCCGCAAUAUCAGCAGCAACAUCCUCCAGUACAACAAGUACCAGUCCAGCAGCAAUACCAGCAACAACAGCAGGUUCCGGUGCAACAAUUUCAGCAACCCCCAAUGCAACAGCAAGUUCCUGUACACCAUCAACAACCCCCACAACCCCAAGGACAUGCUCAUGGUCACCAUGGAGGCCACCAACAAAGACCAAUAUUCAGUCAAGAAAAUAUGGCUCAUGAAAAAGAACAUAUCCAGGAACAUUUAGAAAUGCCCAUAGACACCAGCAAAAUGACUGACCAAGAAUUGCAGUUCCAUUACUUCAAAAUGCACGACGCUGAUAAUAACAAUAAACUGGACGGAUGUGAAUUAAUUAAAUCAUUAAUCCAUUGGCACGAGCAAGGCAGCAAAGAAAAACAAGAAAUUGAAGAGAAAAUCUUCAAAGAUGACGAACUUGUGAACCUGAUAGAUCCGAUAUUAAACGUCGAUGAUGGCAACAAGGACGGAUAUAUUGACUAUCCGGAGUUUAUUAAAGCGCAACAGAAGGCUGCGGGCCAGAAAACUGCCUCUUAACAAAGGGAAAAGUGAAUUUUAAGUGUGAAAGUGUUGCGAGCAAAUGGGUUAAAUUUUUUUUAUUUUAUUACGGUGUUUUUGGGUGAUAAGAUAGAGUAAGAACAAAUCUAUUCCAUGAUUUUAUUUAAGAGUAUAAUGUGACAAUUUUGUUGGUCUGUCAGACUUGAUAUUGAAGACUUAUAUUUCUUUUACAGUAAUUUAAUAAUAUUGUUUGUUACAUGUUGUUUGUUUUCUUUAUGGGUUGUGAAAUUCGUUUAAAACAUUUUGUAAAUACUUAUACAAGUGGAAAUAAAUACAUUUUUAAAUAA